UUUAGAGGACGGUGAAAGUGAAGUGCUUGAGAACGUUCCAGGGUUUCUCAUUUCUCGCUGUUUCCUCUAGGGUUUCGAUCGCCGCUUCUCUAGGGAUUCCAGGUUCGCUGCUCCUUCGUCUCGAUUCCAUUGGUUUAGGGCGGAGUAGAGGAGGAGGGCAAGAUGGGGUUCCAGAUGCGGCCGUACGGGAUGCAGGCGAUGCUCAAAGAAGGGCACAAGCACUUAUCGGGUCUCGACGAGGCGGUGCUUAAGAACAUUGACGCUUGCAAGGAGCUCUCCGUCAUCACCCGCACCUCCCUCGGGCCCAAUGGUAUGAAUAAAAUGAUCAUCAAUCAUCUGGACAAGCUCUUUGUAACAAAUGAUGCGGCCACUAUCGUGAAUGAGCUUGAGGUCCAGCAUCCUGCUGCCAAGAUUUUGGUGCUGGCAGGAAAGGCUCAACAGGAGGAAAUUGGUGAUGGAGCUAAUCUUACAAUCUCCUUUGCUGGGGAGCUCCUUCAAAAUGCAGAGGAGCUUAUCAGGAUGGGGCUGCAUCCCAGUGAAAUAAUUAGUGGUUAUACAAAAGCGAUCAAUAAGACAGUGGAAAUAUUAGAUGAGUUGGUUGAGAAAGGAUCAGAAACUAUGGAUGUGAGAAACAAAGAUGAAGUUGUUUCUCGAAUGAAAGCUGCUGUUGCUAGCAAGCAGUUUGGGCAAGAAGGUAUUUUGUGUCCUCUUAUCGCUGAUGCAUGCAUCCAGGUCUGUCCAAAAAAUCCAGCAAACUUUAAUGUAGAUAAUGUUCGAGUUGCAAAACUGCUUGGAGGUGGUUUGCACAACUGCACGGUCGUUCGUGGUAUGGUCUUAAAAAAUGAUGUCAUCGGGAGUAUAAAGAGGAUGGAAAAGGCAAAGAUUGCGGUGUUCGCUGGAGGUGUUGAUACAUCAGCAACUGAAACAAAGGGAACUGUUCUAAUCCAUAAUGCUGAACAGCUAGAGAAUUAUGCGAAAACUGAAGAAGCCAAAGUUGAGGAGCUCAUUAAAGCAGUUGCUGAUUCAGGUGCCAAGGUGGUUGUAAGUGGAGCUGCAGUGGGAGACAUGGCAUUACAUUUCUGUGAGCGCUACAAACUCAUGGUUCUAAAAAUUAGCUCGAAGUUUGAAUUGCGGAGGUUUUGCCGUACAACUGGUGCCAUAGCUCUUCUGAAACUUAGCCGACCAAAUCCUGAUGAGCUGGGAUAUGCUGACUCUGUUUCAGUGGAAGAAAUUGGUGGUGUUCGGGUGACUGUUGUGAAAAAUGAAGAAGGUGGAAACUCGGUUUCUACUGUGGUUUUACGAGGUAGUACAGAUAGUAUAUUGGAUGACCUGGAAAGGGCCGUUGAUGAUGGUGUUAAUACAUAUAAGGCAAUGUGCAGGGACAGUCGCAUAGUUCCUGGGUCUGCUGCUACUGAGAUAGAGUUGGCUAGAAAGUUGAAGGAGUUUUCCUUUAAAGAAACGGGAUUGGAUCAGUAUGCCAUUGCGAAAUUUGCAGAAAGCUUUGAAAUGGUUCCUAGAACCCUAUCUGAGAAUGCUGGGCUGAACGCUAUGGAGAUUAUUUCUUCCUUGUAUGCUGAACAUGCUGCAGGAAAUGCCAACGUUGGUAUUGAUUUGGAAGAAGGUGCCUGCAAGGAUGUCUCAACCAUGAAUAUCUGGGAUCUUCAUCUCACCAAGUUCUUUGCACUCAAAUAUGCUGCAGAUGCUGCUUGUACUGUUCUCCGGGUUGAUCAGAUUAUAAUGGCAAAACCAGCAGGUGGCCCAAAGAGAGACCCACCGGCCGGGAUGGAUGAGGAUUGAUGAUGUGCAUAUGGGUUGACUGUGAAGCACUAGCAUCAAUUUGCUAGCUAAGAAGUAGCUUCAAUGCUUUUAUGUAUUUUAGUAGGUGAGGGCACUAGAAAAUUUUGAUUCCCAUCCAGGAAAUCUGGUACUUUAGCAUCUUGACAUACCAACAACAUGUGCAAUGUCGCUCUGUUCUGAAUCACUUUUAGUCUGUGUUUUGCAGUUCUGUAUUUCUCAUUACAAUGUUAGAUUUCCAUCAGCUUUGAGUGUGAACUCAAGUGAGGUUAUUGGCUAUUUUCUUUUGUUGUGUUGUGGUUGAUAUAGCUAUAUUGCUUGUCUACUCUCAUUUGAUGAAUUUUAAACAGUUGAUACAUAAAUCAUGGAAGAAAAACUUGAUA